AUGGCGAGGGGAAGAGGUAGUGGACGAGGAAGAGGUCGGAAAAUGCCAAUUAUGAAUGAUGUUAGCUCAACAGAAGCUCGUGUGGAAGCAUUAGGGCUACAGGAGCAGAUACCAGCUCAAAAUGAGGAAGCAAGUAUUGAAGCUGAGGUUGCUAGAAGCACCAAAGUAGUUAGGAAAUUGAGCUUAGAUUCACUAAGAACUGAUGAGGUAGUGUUUGAGAACUCAGAUCCGGAAGGGUUUGAAGAAGAAAGUAAAGUAGAUGGUAAUGGAACAGUAAUAAGGAACUCAGAUGAGAAACUAAGUGAAGAAGAAGGAAACAGGAUUGAUAAUGAACAGGAGCAAAAGAAGGAGGCAAAUGAGUCAUGGGUUAGUAUGUUUAAGAACAAUCGAGUUGCAAGCAAUGGAAUCCAAAUAACUUACUUUCCACCACAGGUAGUUGAUGGCCAAACAAUGGUGCAGUUGGAGGAGAAAGAGGUACAAGAAGAAGAACAGAAAUGGAAGUGUGCUCUCAUUGCAUAUGUGGUUGGAGAAUGCUCUGGAUAUAACACUAUGAAGAGAUAUAUAAUGAUGAAUUGGUCAAGUGUGAGCAAACCUGAAGUUUUUCUUCAUGAGGAUGGAUACUAUUUAAUCAAAUUUCAGAAGAUUAGUGACAUGAAUGAGAUUUUAUUCUCUGGGCCCUAUACUAUCAACAAUCAACCAAUCAUUCUGAAACAGUGGUGUCCUGAGUUUGAUCUUGGAAGUGAAUUCCUAACAGAGAUUCCAUUAUGGGUGAACUUUCCAAAAUUGCCUUUAAACUGUUGGGGUGUGGGAUCCUUGAGUAGGAUUGCAAGUGCUAUAGGAGUUCCCCUCUUUGCUGAUAAAUGUACCACUAAGAAAACUAGGAUAUCAUAUGCUAGAAUGCUUGUUGAAGUUAAUGUUACAAAAGCUAUACCUUAG